AUGCCAUUCCCCGCCGCCGCAGAGCAUCCUGGGGAGACGUCCAAUUUCAUCAUGAACUUUGAAGGCCUCGACCCUGGCCUUGCGGAGUACGCGCCCACUCUCCACCCAGCCCUGGAUCCAGUCUUGGACCCUCACCUCAACCCCAGCCUGCUGCAGAAUGUGGAGCUGGAUCCAGAAGGGGUGCCGUUGGAGGGCAUCCCGGUGCCGGAGUCAGUGCACAUCAUGGAAGGCAUGUACUCAGAGCUGCACACCGUGGUCUCCGAGGUGGGAGUACCUGUCUCCACCUCGCAUUUCGAUCUGCACGAAGAGAUGCUCUGGGUGGGGAACCACGGGGGUCACGCCACCUCAUUCUUCGGCCCAGCCCUGGAGCGUUAUUCCUCCUUCCAAGUGAGCAGCAGCGACGACAUCCGCCAGAUCCAGAGCCUGGAGAACGGCAUCCUCUUCCUGACCAAGACGAACCUCAAGUACAUGUCCAGGGGAGGCCUGAUCAUCUUUGACUACCUAAUGGAUGAGAGCGAGGACGUGCACAGCCUGCUGCUGACAAACAGCAGCACCCUGCUUAUCGGGGGGCUCCAGAACCAUGUGAUAGAGAUCGACCUUAACACCGUGCAGGAGACCCAGAAGUACACCGUGGAGGUGCCUGGCAUCACCAUCCUGAGGCAGUCCAACCGCUUCUUCUUUUGCGGGCACACUACCGGGAAGGUGUCCCUGCGGGAUCUACGCACCUUCGCGAUGGAGCACGAGUUCGAUGCCUACUCAGGCAGCCUGUCCGAUUUCGACGUCCACGGCAACUUGCUGGUGACGUGCGGCUUCUCCAGCCGCAUGAACGGCCUGGCCUGCGACCGCUUCCUGAAGGUGUAUGACCUGCGCAUGAUGCGGGCCAUCACCCCGCUGCAGGUGCACGUGGACCCCCUCUUCCUCAAGUUCAUCCCCACCUACACCUCCCGGCUGGCCAUCAUCUCCCAGACAGGUCAGUGCCAGUUCUGUGAGCCCACAGGCCUUGCCAGCCCUGCUGACAUCUUCCACGUCAACACUGUGGGGCAGCUGAUCAUGACCUUCGACGUGUCCGCCAGCAAGCAGGCCAUGGUGUUCGGUGACUCGGAGGGCUGCGUCCACCUGUGGGCCGACUCGCCUGAGGUCACCUUCAACGCCUACUCCCGGGAGACAGACUUUGCCCUGCCCUGCAUGGUAGACACCUUGCCUCACCUGGACUGGAACCAGGACCUCAUGCCCCUCUCCCUGAUCCCCGUGCCGCUGACCAGUGAAACGCUGCUGUCAGACUGGCCUGCUGCCAACUCUGCCCCUGCUCCCAGGCGGGCCCCGCCCGUCGACCCCGAGAUCCUGCGUACCAUGAAGAAAGUGGGCUUCAUCGGCUACGCGCCCAACCCAAGGACCAAGCUCCGGAACCAGAUCCCUUAUCGGCCGAAAGAGACGGACAAUGAGUUUGACAGUUUCAGCCAAGUCCCCGAAUCCCCAAUUGGCCGGGAAGAGGAACCUCACCUCUACAUGGUGGCGAAGAAAUACAGGAAGGUCACCAUCAAAUACUCCAAGCUGGGCCUGGAGGACUUUGACUUCAAGCAUUACAACAAGACCCUGUUUGCGGGCCUGGAGCCUCACAUUCCCAACGCCUACUGCAACUGCAUGAUCCAGGUGCUGUAUUUCCUGGAGCCUGUCCGCUGCCUGGUCCAGAACCACCUGUGUCAGAAGGAGUUCUGCCUCGGCUGUGAGCUGGGCUUUCUCUUCCACAUGCUGGACUUGUCCCGGGGGGACCCGUGCCAGGGAAGCAACUUCCUGCGAGCCUUCCGCACCAUCCCGGAGGCGUCCGCGCUGGGGCUGAUCCUGGCCGACUCCGACGAGGCCACAGGCAAAGUGAACCUGGGCCGGUUGAUCCAGAGCUGGAACCGCUUCAUCCUGACUCAGCUUCACCAGGAGACCCAGGAGCAGGAGGGGCCACAGGCCUAUCGGGGCGUCAGCAGCAGCUUUGGGUCUUCGGGGGACUCGGUCAUCGGGCAGCUCUUCAGCUGCGAGGUGGAGAACUGCAGCAUGUGCCGCUGCGGCAAGGAGACCGUGCGCGUCUCCUCCACACUGCUCUUCACUCUCUCCUACCCCGAGAGCAACGAUAAAACCAGAGAUUACGAGUUUGCUGAGAUCUUAAAGAGGAGUAUCUGUCUGGAGCAGAACACCCAGGCCUGGUGCGAGAACUGUGAGAAGUACCAGCCCACGGUGCAAACCCGGAACAUCCGCUGCCUGCCCGAUGUCCUAGUAAUUAACUGCGAAGUGAACAGCUCCAAGGAGGCCGAUUUCUGGAAGACCCAGGCAGAGUUCGCCUUUAAAAAAACAGUGAUGAAGAAGGGAGGUCUUGAAAUACCCAAGAGAAAAGAGAUCUCUCCUGGAGAAUGGAAGGACCUGGGGAACGCUGAGGCGGGGCCCUCGUACCCCUCCCUCGAGGAGUUGAAGAACAUCUGGCUGCCCUAUUCCAUCCGGAUGAAACUGACCAAGAACAAGGAGCUGGACGUAUGCAACUGGAUCGAAAGCGAUGAGCUGAGCUCGUCCGACGACCAGGACUCGACGUACGUGUACGACUUGAUGGCCACCGUCGUCCACAUUCUGGACCCCCGCACCGGGGGCAGCCUGGUGGGGCACAUCAAAGUAGGGGAGACGUACCACCAAAGGAAAGAGGGAGUCACGCACCAGCAGUGGUAUCUCUUCAACGACUUCCUCAUCGAGCCUGUGGACAAGUGCGAGGCUGUGCAGUUUGACAUGAACUGGAAGGUGCCUGCGAUCUUGUACUACGCCCGCCGGAACCUCCACGCCAAGUACAACCUGACCAGUGAGUGUCUGGGUGGGACGCCCUUGUGCCGUGCGGGCAGCAUGCGUGGAGCCCUGACACCUGUCUGCACUGCUGGGGUACUGAACUGGAGCAAGCUCAGCUCCGGCGAGAGCAGCCGCAUGCGGCUUGGACUAGCAGCUGUGGGGAAACAGUCCCCCCAGGGCCCUGAGGAGGCUGAGCUGCGCAGCGACGGCACCAAGUCCACCAUCAAGCCCAGCCAGAUGUCAGUGGCCAGGAUCACGUGCGUGCGAGGCCAGGGCCCCAACGAGGGCAUCCCGUUCAUCGAUGACUACAUCUCCACGCAGGAGCAGGUGGUGGAUUACCUGACCCAGUACUCGGGGAUCAAGCCGGGCGACCUGGAUGCCAAGAUCUCCUCCAAGCACCUCACCACGCUCAAGUCCACCUACCUGAAGCUGCGCUUCCUCAUCGAUGUGGGGGUCAAGUUCGUGGGCCAUGGGCUGCAGAAGGACUUCCGGGUCAUCAACCUCAUGGUGCCCAAGGACCAAGUAAUCGACACCGUGUACUUGUUCCACAUGCCGAGGAAGAGGAUGAUUUCCCUGCGCUUCCUUGCCUGGUACUUCCUGGACCUGAAGAUCCAGGGCGAGACGCACGACAGCAUCGAGGACGCCCGGACGGCUCUGCAGCUCUACAGGAAGUACCUGGAGCUGAGCAAGAACACCACGGAGCCUGACGACUUCCGCAAAGUGCUCAAGGGCCUCUAUGAGAAGGGCCGCAAGAUGGACUGGAAGGUGCCGGAGCCAGACAGCCAGAGCAGCCCUAAAAAUGCUGCAGUGUUCCCAUCUGUGCUAGCGCUCUGACCCGGCGCGACCCACUCGGUCCCCAUGCGUUCGCCCAGGAAGGGGCUUGCUACCACGUGGCCCCGGGUCCCAGCCAGCGUCCGACUGCAGAUCACACAGAAAACGUGUCUUCAACGUGCCGCUGGUUUUCAGCUUGAAGCCAGGUGUGCACCAGGGGCCCUGACACCUGCUCCUGUCCCAGCCCUCCGUGGGGUGGGCCUACGCUGCCCGCUGGCGAGGAUCCCCCUCGCUGCUGGGAUGACUCAAGGGCCCCGUCUGCCUCCCAGGGAACCUGAAGGUACCUGCUCCAAAUCUCCUGCCAGCCGCCUGGGUGCCCUUCCAAGCCGGGACAGCCUGUCGAUCAUCUCGUUCACCAGCUGGGGGCGCCGUGGCAUGUCCUCCACUUCCACAGUGGUCUCAGGCCCCACUUGGUGCUGCAGCAAGGGCAGGGCCCCUCCCCCGGCGUGCUGCAUUCCCAGCCUGUUACUUUGCUGAGGGAGAUGGGGGGGGAUCCUUGAAGACUGGCUGGAUAAACUCGUGGGGUGCCAGGAAGAUGGGGAGCACUGACCCCCAGGAUGUCAGCCCAGCCCAGCCCAGCACCUGCUCCAGUGAUGGCAGGGGGAGAGGUUGGGCAAAGGUGCCCUGAACUGGCAUCAGCGCCGCAAAGCACUCAGAGCAGCAUGCCGGGCUGGCAGGAUCAGGCAAAGACCCCAGCUGGGACUUGGCUGUACAUCAGCAGAGCGGCCCCUGCGUGGCCCCAGGGCUGGCUCUGUCCCCUUUAGACCGUCUGGUCUUUGUAACCCCCUUGUCCUGUGAGGGCUGAGGGGCGCUUGGCAAGCUCUGGCACGUACCGAAUUCAUAAAGUGGCCAACUGGGAGCAUCA